UAUAUGAAGAAGCGAAAUAUUAAACAAGGUUUCGUCUGAAUGAUAACCGUCUUACGUCUGUGCAGAAAUAAUUUUAAUUUCUUAUCGAAUAUUUGCAAGAAAUCCAAAAGAUUUACAUGUGUUAAUAGUCAUUGGAAAUUUAAUCCCGAAUCAUCAGUUUAUUUAUUUUCAUUUCGUUCUUGUCAUUUAAGUAGGAUUAAUAUGACUCCACAGGGAAUUAAAUUUUGUUACGAUUUAAAAUUAAGCGCUGAAGAACUACUGAAGAGAACCGACGAUUUAAUCGACAGACUACGUAAAACAUAUGAUAAAGUUGGUGCUUUAAGUAAUGAUCAAGUUUCUUGUAAAACUGUUCUCGAGCCUUUAAAUUAUGCAGAAGCUGAAAAGCAAACUGAGGGUGCUUUAUAUGAACUUCCAAAACAUGUGUCAACUGAUAAAGCACUUAGAGAUGCAGGCAGUGAAGCUGAUCGUAAAUUAAGGGAAUUUCACAUUGAAAUAGGUAUGCGACAAGACAUCUUUAAUAAAUUGCUACUACUUGAAGCAAAGAAUGAAACAUUAGAUUCAGAAUAUAGCCGAUAUCUACAAAAAUUAAUAAAAUUAGGAAAGAGAAAUGGAUUACAUUUGUCUCCAACUGUUCAAGCAAAAAUAAAAUCUUUAAAAACUGAAAUAAGCAAUUAUUGUGUUGAAUUUAUCAAAAAUGUGAAUGAAGAGAAUACUAUUUUGGAAUUUUCAGAGGAAGAAUUAGAUGGACUACCCGCAGAUUUUAUUGAAAACUUGACGAAGAGUGAAACAGGUAAAAGAAAAGUUACAUUGAAGUAUCCUCAUUACUUUUCAAUCAUGGGGAAAGCAAAAAACCCUGAAACAAGAAAAAAAUUGGAAUAUGCAUUUAAUUCAAGGUGUAUUGAUGAAAACAGUACCAUUUUAGAAAAACUGGCUGAAUUACGACACGAGACAGCAUUAUUACUUGGAUUUCCUAAUCAUGUAGCUUUUAUAACAGAUUUGAGAAUGGCUAAAACUGCAAAAACUGUUUAUAAUUUUUUAACUACUUUAGCAUCAAAAUUAGAACCUCUCUGGAAAGAAGAAAGAAAGUUUAUAAUGGAACUUAAAAACAAAGAGUGCAAUAAACUAGACAUUCCUUUCGAAGAUAAGCUACAUCCUUCAGAACUUCGCUAUUAUAAUAAUUUGGUGGAAGAAAUCAAAUACUCUGUUGAUCAGAAUAAAUUACGUGAAUAUUUUCCAUUGCCUACUGUAACUAAAGGAUUAUUGAAUAUUUACCAAGAACUUCUGGGUUUGGAAUUUGCUGAAAUUAAAAAUCCUGUUGCAUGGCAUCCUGAUGUUCAAUUACAAGGAUGUUUGCUGCCUGAUGGAGACAGACAAGUUCCCAUAGCAGUAAUCAUUGCUAAUCUCACCAAACCAACAGAUGAGAAACCAUCUUUAUUAGAUCAUAAUGAAGUCAAAACAUUUUUUCAUGAAUUUGGUCAUGUAAUGCAUGAGAUUUGUACAACUGCAAAUUUAGCUUUCUUUAGUGGAGCAAAUGUUGAAUGGGAUUUUGUAGAAGCACCAUCUCAAAUGCUUGAAAAUUGGUGUUGGGAACCAGAAACCCUAAGAAGAAUGUCUGGACAUUACAAAGAUGGAAGUCCUCUACCAGAUAAUAUUUUACAAUCUCUUGUACAUUCUCGUUUAGCUAAUGUUGGUUAUUUUAAUUUGCGUCAAAUAGCCCUAAGCAUGCUUGAUUAUAACAUUCACACCAAUCCAAAAGCUGAUACAAGACAAAUUUAUCAUGAUUUGAGUUGCUCACUUCUUGGUAUUCCUCCAACAGAAGGUACUAAUUUUGCUGCUAAUUUUGGGCAUCUAGUUGAUGGGUAUGAUGCAGGAUAUUAUAGCUAUUUGUGGAGUGAAGUGUACAGCAUGGACAUGUUCUUCAGUCGAUUCAAAUCCGAAGGUAUCAUGAAUUAUCAGACUGGAAAAGAUUACAGAAACAAAAUUUUGGCACCUGGUGGAACAAAGGAUGGAUUCGAUAUGCUGAGAGAUUUCUUGGGAAGAGAACCUAAUGAUGAGGCAUUCUUGAAAAGUAAAGGCUUGAAAGUUUAAAAAAGAAAUCAAAUUUAAAUUUGACAUUUUUAAAUACAGUGGAUUCAGCUUGGGACUAAUCCAUUUUGGCCCAAUUAAGCGGGUGUCCCAAUUAAACAAACUAAAUAUAUAGCUGUCGACAGCUGACAGCCAACCAGUCAGCAACUUUGCUGGUUAUAGCUUUAUUCUAGGUCUGCCACACUGCGUGAUGUUUUUCGCCAACAAUCUCUUCCUUGAGAUGCAUGCACCACCAAUUCAAAUUUAACUAAUUGUGUUCCUCAAUGUUCUCUCCUCGACAGCAUUCAUUACCAGUUUAAAUUGACUAAUCAUGUUCCUUACACAAUAUCAUCAUUACACCAAUGAUGAUCCAAUCCAAGGCAGUGUCAGUAGCUCCAGACAAGAUCAUGGUGUGAUAUAUCUUGCUAUGCUGACUCCCCUUCGGAAAGACCAAAUAGCUCAAGCAAAAGACACAAAUAGCUUUAUCUUUGCUAACUGUUAGGCCCAAACGAAAUUAGGUACGUACUGCUGAUAUACAGUAUUUUCAGAAGAUCCCUAAAAUGUAUCAAAAAUUUCUAAAUUAAUUUUCUUCUACUGUUCCAAUUUAGCAUUUAAAUCAUGUAUUAGUUUAUUAGUUUGAUUUCUGUUCUUUGAGAUUUGGCCCAAUAAAUCAGCUACCUCGAUUAACUGGUGGCCCAAUUAAGCAGAAUCCACUGUAUUACCGAAAUGCUGCCAUAGCAUUACUAAACUAUAGCAAUUUUGUUAAAUUUAUAUUUUUAGGGUUUUCAUUAUUUUUUAUAAUGAACUGAUUGUUAUUAAUAUCAGCAAAGUGUAUUAGAGAUGAUUAUUAUAUAACAAUGCUUGCUAAGAAAAUUCAGAGCUGGUCCAUUUUUAUAAUUACAUUGAUAGUAGCUAACAAAUUUGUUAAUUAAUAUCAACAUAAUUAGUUUAAAUUGGUUCAAUUUUACAAGAAUAUGAAAAAUGUGGCAUUUCUAUAAUGUAAAUAAUUGCACAUAUUUGUAUACAAAAGUUUGUUCUUGAAACAAUAAAAUUUUACAAAAAUGAAAUUAGGAAAGGAAUAAACAUUUUUAAUAUAAU